CAGAAAAUACACAGAAGAAAACAAUAGAAAAGUUAAAGGAAGAAGCUAUAACUGUUAUUGAAAAUAAGAAAAUUGAUAAUAUAGUAGCUCCCGUUACUUUAAUUUGUGAAAAUGAUAAUCCUUCUGAAUCUAAUAAUAAAGCUAAACAAGUAAGAAACAAGGUAAAAUCUCAAAAAAAUGAAUUAAAAAAACUACACAAGCGCAAGGAAAAUAAAAGUAUUGUAAAAAAGGCAAAAGAUAAAAACAAUAAUGCACUCAAAAAUUCCCAAAAUCUUAAAACUAAAUUGCAUGAAAUUGAAACACAGAUAGAGACGCAAAAUGAACAGGGAAUAAAAAAUACUGAAAAUAACAAUGUGCCGAAUAAUAAUAAUAUGUUUUAUUGUGAUAAAUGUCCGUAUAGAGGGCUAAUGCAUUACAAAACUCCUCACUUAGAAAUGCAUGCUAUGAAAAAUUUCGAUAUAGAAGUAUUUUCCUGUAACAUUUGUCACUUUAUUUGUCAAAAUAAACAAUUACUAGAAAAGCAUGGCAAAUGUCACACUGGUGAUAUAAACGAAAAGCCUUAUAUAUGUAACAUCUGUAAUAAGGCAUUUACAGCAAAAACAAGUUUAACUAGUCACAUAAGAAUACAUACAGGCGAAAAGCCCUAUAUAUGUAAAAUCUGUAACAAGGCAUUUACACAAAAACAUCAUUUAACUGGUCACAUAAGAAUACAUACAAGCGAAAAGCCUUAUAUAUGUAAUAUCUGUAACAAGGCAUUUACGAAAAAAAGUGAUUUAACUAGUCACAUAAGAAUACAUACAGGCGAAAAGCCUUAUAUAUGUAACAUCUGUAAUAAGGCAUUUACACAAAAAAAUCAUUUAACUGGUCACAUAAGAAUACAUACAGGUGAAAAGCCAUACAUAUGUAACAUCUGUAAUAAGGCAUUUAUAGAAAAAAAAAGUUUAACUGGUCACAUAAGAAUACAUACAGGCGAAAAGCCUUAUAUAUGUAACAUCUGUAACAAAGCAUUUACACAAAAAAGUGAUUUAACUCGGCACAUAAGAAUACAUACAGGCGAAAAGCCAUAUAUAUGUAACAUCUGUAACAAGGCAUUUACGAAAAAAAGUAAUUUAACUCGGCACAUAAGAAUACAUACAGGCGAAAAAGAAAACAUGAACGCCAAUAAUUGUAAUAAAACUUGAACCAAAUCUUUAAGAUAGGGAAAUUAUA